CGGAGCCAAAGCAGAAGAAGAAGGGACGGGGCGGUCUUGUUAUUAUCGGUUGUCGCACGCAGCGGCACUGCUGUGAAAAUGCGCAUCGAAAAAUGUUAUUUCUGCUCGGGGCCGGUGUACCCCGGGCAUGGGGUGAUGUUUGUACGGAACGACUGUAAGUCAUUCAGAUUCUGCAGAUCAAAAUGCCACAAGAACUUCAAGAAGAAGCGUAACCCAAGAAAAACAAGAUGGACCAAAGCAUUCAGAAAAGCAUCAGGAAAGGAGUUGACAGUGGAUAACUCCUUGGAGUUCGAGAAACGUAGAAAUAUACCUGUUAAAUAUAACAGGGACCUGUGGGACAAGACAGUGGAAGCAAUGAAGAGGGUGGAAGAAAUAAAACAGAAACGACAGGCAAGAUUUAUCAUGAACAGAUUAAAGAAGGGCAAACAGCUGGAGAAGGAAGAGGCCAUCAGCGAAGUGAAGAAAAAUAUUCACCUUAUCAAAGCACCACAUGCAGGAAAGGCCAAACAAAUGGAAGCGAAAAUGGUGCAGAAGUUACAAGAAGACGUGGAAAUGGGGGGUGAAGAUAACUAAUCUUAUACCCAAGGAGCAUUGAUUGUGUGAUGACUCAUGAACCUUGUAUUAUAUUAUACUUCUGUUUUGAAAUUAAAACUUCCAAAUGGCUGAUGAUGGACACAGCUAUGCCUUCAGUCUUAAAUAGCUGUACGAGGACUGAAAGCACUGAUGUGACAAAGAUCUCUCUACAGAGCAGCGGCAAUUAACCACAUGCCUCCCAGUUAUUUUAUUCCAUGUGUGGUAGUUUGGGCUGUAAAGAACUAUCUCUAUCCUGUUGCACAAUAAAAUGUAUCAUGGUAAUGCAGAAAAUGUGAAAAGUUAACAACAAGAAUUUAAUAAACAUCAUUUUGGUAA